GUCAAAACAUCGAACCAUGGUUCAUAACUCCCAUCUGAUUUCAAAUCAGGGUAACCAUGGAGCGAAGAAAAUGAAAAUACGUGGGCGCGAAAUGUAUUGGGUGACUUUUCUUUGUUCUUCUUCAAUUUGGUUUUUUGCUGGCGCUGCCUUGCAUCUCCUGCCAAGAUGGGUCCAGCCGGUUGUUGAUCGGGAUUAUUUGUUCAUCCAGUCUCUUUCUUUUUCUCUCUCUCCAUGGGGUAACUGCCUGACAUGGAGAGAGGUCUCGCACUACUAUCUUAGUAGAUUCUCUGUUGGUAGAUGGUGUAUGCAUGUCGUGGUGUAUCAACUACGAGCUUGGUGGUGGUGGUGGAGUGGAUGGGCAUUGCUCACUGCUCAGGUACGGCCAUCAAAAAGUCUAGGUCGCUCGAAUCGAUACAUCCCACACACCUUCAUCCACUUCCUAGUCUAGAUACCUCACGGACUAUCGGACUAGAUACAAGGGAGGUUUAGUGCUAAAAAAAAAACAAUAAUAAUAAAAUAAAAAGA